AUGGCUUCAUCAACAUCAGUGUGUCAUGUGACUAGUCGAUCAGGUAAGGCUUCAUCAACGACAGUUUGUCAUGUGACUAGUCGAUCAGGUAUGACUUCAUCAACGACAGUGUGUCAUGUGACUAGUCGAUCAGGUAUGGCUUCAUCAACAUCAGUGUGUCAUGUGACUAGUCGAUCAGGUAUGGCUUCAUCAAUGACAGUUUGUCAUGUGACUAGUCGAUCAGGUAUGACUUCAUCAACGACAGUGUGUCAUGUGACUAGUCGAUCAGGUAUGGCUUCAUCAACAUCAGUGUGUCAUGUGACUAGUCGAUCAGGUAUAACUUCAUCAACGACAGUGUGUCAUGUGACUAGUCGAUCAGGUAUGGCUUCAUCAACGACAGUUUGUCAUGUGACUAGUCGAUCAGGUAUGGCUUCAUCAACGACAGUGUGUCAUGUGACUAGUCGAUCAGGUAUGGCUUCAUCAACGACAGUGUGUCAUGUGACUAGUCGAUCAGGUAUGGCUUCAUCAACGACAGUGUGUCAUGUGACUAGUCGAUCAGGUAUGGCUUCAUCAACGACAGUUUGUCAUGUGACUAGUCGAUCAGGUAUGACUUCAUCAACGACAGUGUGUCAUGUGACUAGUCGAUCAGGUAUGGCUUCAUCAACGACAGUGUGUCAUGUGACUAGUCGAUCAGGUAUGGCUUCAUCAACGACAGUGUGUCAUGUGACCUAUGCCAGGAAUAGAUUUUGUCCUCUGUCCUAA